GUGAGCUCUUCCCACAGCAAAGAAUGGACCCAUUGUGACAACGGCGGAGGACGCGCGCGCAGCUGUUUACAUAAAGUGUACUCGCGUCCCAUGACGUCACGGAUCCAGAGAAUGGCAUUUAACAGCAUUGUCGACAAACGAGGCGAAGACAAUUGUGAUUUAUUUCGAUCACUAUCCGACCUACUGGGAGCAGUUUUCUGCUCGUUCUUUCGGGACACAUGACGUUUUUUUGUGCAAGCUGUGCUCAGACGAAACGUGGACAGAAUCAGGAAGUUAAGCAACAAUUCUAAAGACGUCGAACAGAGAGCGAGUGCUAGGCAAUGAACUGUGAAAAGAAGAGGAGCGGCUUCCAGAUCACCAGUGUGACUUCAGACUCAGGUCAUACCUUGAAGUCCGGCCAACCAUCUCCUGGCAUGAUCCUGACUGUUAUCCAAUCAACAGUCACCUCCAGCAGUCCAGGGGGGAGCUCCUCCCAGCCCACCACACCCUCCCUGAAGAGGAAAUACAUAUCCCAUGAUGGCUUAGUGCAGGGUAGCUCAUCGUCCAGGUUCAGACUGGUGCGGUUGGCAGGAGGCGGUCCUAGCAGCCGAGGACACGACGACACAUAUCGGCGUGGCCGAUGGAUGUGCACGGACUUGACGGAGCAUCUGCCAGGGGCGAGGUUGAAGCCAGUCAUGGACAGCAUUAGGCAUGCCCACUCGCUAGAGUCGCUGGAGUCUAUUAGUCGUGAAUCAGGAAGAGGAGGAGUCCAUUUACAACGCCGGCAAGUCAGAGGUGGGGAGGGUGUGGGGCUAUUGGUGCACGAUGGGCUGGCUCCAGUCAAGGUCCAACUUCCGGAAGAUAAUAUUUCAGAGUCAACCCCCUCCCCUCCUCAGCGCGUACGAAACCUCCUUCCUCCAUUACAACUCUCUAAUCAGUCUGUCCUAAGGUUGUCUCGCUCUCAGCCAAGCUCGCCUCCUCUUGGAACCUUCCAUCUGACGCCCACUCAGGCUCCAGCAGCCUUUGGUCUCGACCAGAGCAUCUUCAGCCUGUCGACAGACAUCAGUAGUUGCAGCAGUAAUGUGGUUGCCAUUGACAACAAGAUUCAACAGGCAAUGGACCUUGUGAAGAGUCACCUGAUGCUGGCCGUGCGGGAGGAAGUGGAACUUAUGAGGGAGCAAAUCAAAGAGUUGCAAGACAAGAACCAGCACCUGGAGGCGGAGAACCACAUUCUGCGUACAAACACGCACGCACACUUGGACCCUGUCAUCAUGCUAACAGGCAAACAAGAUGAACGGAUGGACAAUCUUCCUUCUAACGAGGGGGCGCUAUAGGGACUUCACGACUACAAGACCGCCGAUGUUUCUGUCAAAUAAACAACGGAAAUUAAUUUAA